AUGUACCACCAAGAAUCCUCACUGUCGACAGCCAAGUUUGGGCGCAUCUGGGAGUCAACAUGUGGUCCAGGCGGCCGUGGUCGAGUGGGACGUGGUGUUGGCCUCAUUGCAGAGGGUGCCGGCGUUUUCACUGUCAUUCGGGGCUGGGGCAUUCUGUGGGCCGAUUCCAUCGGCGUGGGUAGAUGGCAGUUUUAUGGGUCUUCGGGCGUUUUCAUGGGCGGGGCGGUGGUCAUGUUUGCCAUGGCACGGGGUGGGCCGGUUCUCGUCACAUUUGAAGCGAGCCGACGUGGGGCGAGGUGGGAGGAGUGCCCUGGUGGGCAUUCGCCAGGGCGGGGAGGCAGGAGGUGGUGGUGGGCUGUUAGCAAAUAUGGGGCUGAACAGAGUGGGGGCUCACCUGAAGGGGCCCGCAACCGUUUUCUUGGUCCUUGUCACGUGACCUCCUAUAUGGGUCAAAAUCUGCACAUAGGUUCGGGUUAG